AUGUCCGCGCUCCCCCCCGGUACCGACAUCAAGAGGGCUCUGGAUAACAGCCCCGAGACCAACAUCGAAGAUGAGUUGCCCGACGGACCGCCGCAGCCGCGGCCCAAGAACUACCUGCUCCUCAGCAUCCUCUCCUGCUUCUGUCCCGCCUAUCCCGUCAACAUCGUCGCCUUCGUUUUUGCAGUCAUGGCUUUAAACAGUUACAAUCAAGGAGAUAUAGAAGGGUCAAAAAGACUGGGUCGCAAUGCGCUCUGGGUGGCUGUGGCGUCAAUUAUCAUUGGUCUUGUCGUCAUUGGAAUCUAUUGCGCAGUUCAUUUCACAACGGUAACAGAGUCCCCAAGUGCCACUUUUCACUCUCAUAAUCUGUUCAAUGUAUCUUCAGCAAUCAAUUACUAUUUUAUUGUUUGA